GUUUCUCGUCCGUCUCUAUCUCUCUCUCUCUCUCUCUGCCUUGCUCGCUCGCACACUCAGUCACGUACCCCAAACCCUAGACCCCUUCUUCAUCAACGUACCCUAGAAUUUCCAUGAAUCAUUCGGAUCUUUGUUCCUGAGAUUUCUCUCUACUUAUUUCCCCGAGAAAAAUAACCGAUUGGGUAAUUCGGGGAAGAAAUUGGGAGGUAGUCCGAGCUAGGAAGAUUCGGAAAUGUCGGCUUCGUCAACGAGCGCAGUCUACAUCCAGGUCAUCGAGGAUGUCAUCAAUAAGUUCCGGGAUGAGUUCGUUAACGACGGUGGCCCCGGCGAGGACGUUCUCAAGGAGCUUCAAGGAACUUGGGAGGCAAAAAUGAUUCAAGCCGGUGUAGUAAUCGGCCCUAUAGACAGGACCGAUGCAUCUAGACCGACACCUGGGGGCCCCAUCACUCCCGUUCACGAUCUUAAUGUGCCCUACGAAGGAACUGAUGAGUAUGAAACUCCCACUGCUGAGAUGCUCUUUCCUCCAACGCCAUUACAGACUCCCAUUCAAACACCUUUACCGGGAACUGCAGAAAACUCUACGUAUAACAUUCCUACUGGACCUAGUGACUAUCCCACUCCUGGAAGUGAUGCUGGUGGUGGUGGCGGAAGCAACAAUAAUGAGACGAAAGCUGGUAGACCUAGCCCCUUCAUGCAACCUCCGUCUCCUUGGAUGAGCCAAAGGCCCCCACUUGAUGUUAACAUUGCUUACGUGGAAGGGCGGGAGGAGGUGGAUAGAGGAACCUCUCAUCAACCCCUGACACAGGAUUUUUUCACGAUGUCUUCUGGAAAGCGAAAACGUGAGGAUUUGGCUUCGAAAUAUCAUGCUGGUGGAUUCAUACCUCAGCAAGAUGGAGCUGGGGAUGCCACAUCUGAGGUGCUUGAGAUUGAGGUAAGUGGAGGGAGCACUUCUCUGGGUGGACAUGGCAUAGUCACCACUGCAAAUAAAGAGCUCUUAGCGCGUGUCACAAGUUCAUGCUCAAAGAUUCCUCAACUUGAUGGUCCAAUUCCUGAGCCUUAUGAUGAUGUUCUUUCUACUCCAAAUAUCUACAAUUAUCAAGGAGGUUUCAAUGAAGACUACAACAUGGCGAACACACCAGCUCCCACUGAUCUUCCAGUAGGUACUCCUGCUGUGGUUGCUCAAAAUGAUGCUGGAGAUGAAGAUGAUGAUGAACCGCCAUUGAAUGAAAAUGACGAUGAUGAUUUGGAUGAGAUGGACAAUGUAGAAGAGCAAAACACGCAUCAUUUGGUUUUGGCUCAGUUUGAUAAGGUGACUCGUACCAAGAGCAGGUGGAAAUGCUCGCUGAAAGAUGGCAUUAUGCACAUAAACAAUAAGGACAUUCUCUUUACCAAGGCAACAGGAGAAUUUGAAUUCUGAUUUUGUUGGGAGGUUAUCUAUUUUACCAUUUUCUGGCAGUUGCUUUGAGGAGCAAAUCCAGAGGCAGCAAAUGGGUGUUUAGUAAUUUUUCUUCGAUUAUUAAUUAAUAUUAUUGAAAGCACGAGGAAAGAGAGAUUGUUGAUACUUUCUUACUUAGACUCGGAUGAGGUGGAUAUUGGCCUGUUGUACAUAAAGCGAAUGAGCUUUUUCGGCCUUUAAAUGGAUGAUGAUGGUUGCUUUGAGGCAGUUUGCAAAAGUUACCAUUUCUCUAAGGGAAUAUGUGUCCAUUAGCUCUGUAGACUUGGGGGACAUUUUGGUUAAUUUGCCAAUUCAAGUCUGUUUAUUUUCAUUUUA